AUGUCCUCUCUCGACGAUGGAACGUACAUAGUCUCACCCGAAACGCAACAGAAGCAGCAAAACCAACCACAGCAAACGGCAGCCUCGGCCCGAAUAAUUGAGCCUCUUGACAUCGAAAACAAUCCAGACACGGAGCCCAAGUAUCCAACAGGAGGCAAAUUUUGGUUCACCGUCAUUGCGCUCUGCUUGAUCCUUAUUCUCGGAGGCCUAGACGCCAACAUUGUGGCUACGGCGGUGCCCAGCAUCACGAACCACUUCCAUACUGUAGCCGAUGUAGGAUGGUACUCGUCUGCAUUUCGACUAUGCACCUGCGCAUUUCAAUUCGGAUUCGCGAAGCUGUACACACUCUUCUCAAUAAAGGCUAUAUUUUUGAUGAGCAACGUUAUAUUCCUCAUCGGCUCUUUACUCUGUGCCACGGCAGCUACGUCAACCAUGUUUAUUGUCGGGAGAGCAGUAACAGGUCUAGGGUUCGCGGGUGAAUUGGCUGGGUGUUUUGCAGUCGCGGUGCAUAUUCUUCCCCUGAACAGGCGGCCAGUGUUUGCGGGCUUGAUGGCGUGUGUAGAAUCUCUUGCAAUCAUUGCUGCGCCUAUAGUAGGUGGAGCAUUAACCCAGUCUCUGGGGUGGAGAUGGUGUUUCUGGAUUAAUCUCCCUAUUGGCGCUUUAUCGCUGGCGGCCAUGGUUUUUCUCUUCUCCGAUCCAAACACCCCUGAAGAGAAUGGCCUCACACUGUCUCAGAAGCUCAGGCAGCUAGACCUAGUGAGCAACUGCUUGUUCAUACCGUCUCUAACAGCGCUUUUCGUUGCGUUAUCUUGGGCGGGAACAAAGUAUCCCUGGUCAGAUGGGAAAGUGAUUGGGCUAUUCGUUGUAUUUUCUGUGCUACUCGCCUCCUUUAUAUUCAACCAACACCGACGUGGGGACGCAGCAGUACUCCCUUUUCGCGUUCUCAAAAGCCGAAGUGUCAUCGCAGGUUUCAUCUUCACGACGUGCACUAAUUCCAUGACGAACGUUCUGGAGUGGUAUUUACCAACAUACUAUCAAGUCAUCCAAUCCCGGACUCCAAGUGAAAGUGGCUAUUUUAUGAUCCCCAUACUAGCUGGAAUGAUGCUUGGCCUUUUUCUCCAGGGUAUCGGCACCACUACGUUCGGCUACUACGCCCCUUUUAUGAUCUUCUCUUCCAUAUGCAUGCCAAUCGCCGCCGGGUUGAUGACAACGUACGAUCAAAACACACCUUUAACCCAGAUAAUUAUAUAUUCAGGAUUUGUAGGCUUCAGUGCAGGUAUUGGUUUCCAAGGGUCUCAAGCGGCUGUCCAAACAACAUUAAGUGCCGCAGAUGUUAAUCUUGGGAUCGGGGUUAUAUUGUUCGGGCAGAGCAUGGGCCCAGCAGUUUUUGUCUCUAUUGCGCAGGUUAUAUUCACUAAUGAGUUGUCAUCACGAUUAAAAAGUAUUGUGCCAGGGAUAACACCUGCGUAUAUCGCAGAGCGCGGACUCGGCGAUAUAAUAGAUGGCAUUCCCUCACAGUGGUCGGAUAAGGUCUUGGACGGUAUCAAUGGGAGCUUGACUCACACUUGGUUCCUUUCUGUUGCGUUGGCUUGCAUGACGAUCAUGGGAAGUCUCACAAUUGAAUGGCGCUCGGUUAAACAAAAGCAGUCAUGA